ACAACAGCAGCAGCAGCAGCAACAACGACGACAAGAAAACCAGCAACUAACACAGCUGCUCGAGGGAGCCGCAGAACACGAGGUCAUGCAUCGCCCAGGAAAGGUGGUGAGCUAGAAGUUGCGAUGGCAACCAACGGUGAUAAUGGCGGUCAGGGUGUGAGCGUAGUCGCUGACGAUGAUGACACGAAGCACAACACAUCAAAGACGAUGUUGGAGCGCUUCAACCUCGACUCGCCAUCGGCAGCAAAGGAGGAGGGAAGCUCAGGGGCGCGUUCGUCAUCGGCGCAGCUGAGGCGGCAGCGCAUGAUCGAUCAGCUCAAGGCAGAGCCGGCCUUCCAGCAGCGACAACACCAGCAGCAGCAUCGGAAACUGGAGCGACGCAGCACAGAGCUCAUGCUCACGGAGAGCAUCGCAUAUCGGGCGUCCCUUGAACGGCUUCGCCGCAGCGUCAAGAAUGCACCGACAGUGCAGCCGCUCGACGGGCACGGUGGUGGUGGUGGUGGUGGAGAUGGAGUGAAUGGGUGGUGGCCACGUGGUGGCGACUUGGCCAGCGGUCUUCAGGUCACCUGGCUGCAACCGCAAAUCAACGCGCAGUGGGACGAGUACUUUCGCGAGCGACAACAGGAGUUGCUGCGAGAUGGGCUGGCGAGCCGGGAAGCAACAAGAACCAUCACGAUGGACGAUGGAUAGAUGGAUGAAGAUUGCAAGACGGGAAGUGGACUGGAGGAGCACAUGACGCGAUCAAUCUGAUCAAUGAACACGUCCAGACGUCCAUGGAAUCUAUGGAAUAAAACGAGG